AUUCCGCGGGGUCCAACGGCUCGAGAGCGGAGCCGAGACCUGGCUGGGAGCGAAGGCGUCCGUGGCUGGUUACUGUCCUCCGUCCCGCGUGAGGGAGGUGGAGGGUCUCGAUUCUUGGCUGCUUGGAGCGUCCGCCAUGAGGAGAAGUGAAGUGCUAGCAGAGGAGUCCAUCGUGUGCCUCCAGAAAGCUCUGACUCACCUCCGGGAAAUAUGGGAAUUAAUUGGGAUUCCAGAGGAACAGCGAUUACAAAGAACUGAAGUUGUGAAGAAGCAUAUCAAGGACCUUCUGGAUAGGAUGAUUGCUGAAGAGGAGAGCCUGAGGGAAAGGCUUCUCAAGAGCAUCUCCAUCUGUCAGAAGGAACUGAGUACGCUGUGCAGUGAGUUACAAGUGAAGCCGUUCCAGGAAGAAAGAGACACAACUGUCUUGCAACUAGAAAAAGAUUUGCGCACUCAAGUAGAAUUGAUGAGAAAACAGAAAAAGGAGAGAAAGCAGGAACUUAAGCUACUGCAAGAACAAGAUCAGGAACUCUGUGAAAUUCUCUGUAUGCCUCCCUAUGAUGUGGACAGCACCUCUGUCCCCACCUUAGAAGAGCUGAACCUGUUCCGACAACGUGUGGCAACUUUGAGAGAAACAAAGGAAUCUAGGCAUGAGCAAUUUGUCAACCUUAAGAAACAAAUCAUAUUGUGUAUGGAAGACUUAGAACACACUCCAGAUACAAGCUUUGAGAGAGACGUCGUGUGUGAAGAUGAAAGUGCCUUCUGUUUAUCCCUGGAGAACAUCGCAACACUACAGAAGUUGCUGCAGCAGCUGGAAGUGAAAAAAUCAAAAAAUGAGGCAGAGUGCGAGGGACUCCGUGCUCAAAUCCGAGAGCUCUGGGAUAGGUUACAAAUACCUGAAGAGGAGAAAGAACCUGUGGCUGCAAUUAUGACUGGGUCAAAAGCCAAAGUCAGGAAUGCGCUGCAGUUAGAAUUGGAUCGGUUAGAAGAACUGAAAAUGCAAAACAUAAAGCAAGUGAUUGAGACAAUCCGAGUGGAGCUGGCUCAGUUCUGGGACCAGUGUUUCUACAGCCAGGAGCAGAGGCAGGCUUUCGCCCCUUACUACUCUGACGACUACACAGAAAACCUGCUUCAUCUUCAUGACGCCGAGAUUAUACGGUUAAGAAACUAUUAUGAAGUGCAUAAGGAACUAUUUGAAGGUGUCCAGAAAUGGGAAGAGAGCUGGAAACUCUUCCUAGAGUUUGAGAGAAAAGCUUCAGAUCCAAGUCGGUUUACAAACCGCGGGGGAAAUCUUCUCAAAGAAGAAAAGGAGCGAGCGAAGCUCCAGAAAACACUCCCUAAGCUGGAGGAGGACUUGAAAGCCCGGAUUGACAAGUGGGAACAAGAGCAAUCAAUGGCAUUUGUGGUGAACGGGCAGAAAUUCACGGAGUACAUUACAGAACAAUGGGAGUUACACCGGCUGGAGAAGGAACGAGUCAAACAGGAGAGACAACUAAAGAACAAGAAACAGACAGAGACAGAGAUGCUGUAUGGCAGUGCUCCCCGGACACCUAGCAAGAGACCAGGAGUGACUCCCAACAAGCCGGGCAAAGUACGCAAGAUGAACACCACCACCAUGUCCAGUGCUACACCCAAUAGCAGCAUUCGGCCUGUCUUUGGUGGAACAAUGUACCGUUCACCUGUAUCCCGACUACCUCCUUCUGGCAGCAAGUCAGUAGUCACUUCUAUGUGUUCUGGGAAGAAAACACCCAGAGCUGCGCGGCUCAGGGCCAACAAGGAGAACAUGGAGCUCAAUGGCAGCAUCCUGAGCGGUGGGUACUCUGGCUCGACCCCCCUCCAGCACAACUGCAGCAUUAAGUCUGUUGCCAGCACCUAUUCUGAGUUUUCGAAGGACCCGUCCCUCUCUGACAGCUCCACUGUUGGGCUUCAGCGAGAACUUUCAAAGGCUUCCAGAUCUGAUGCUACUUCUCGAAUCCUCAAUUCAACCAACAUCCAGUCCUGAGAAUCCUUGACCAGUUAGCCAGCUGUGGCUUCCUAGGCCUAGACUGGACUGACUGACUUUACUGUACAGGGGUGACUAUAGUUUUUCUGCAGUUUAGGUAUGUUUGAAACAACCUUGGGCAGGUUCUGUGUGUACCUAACUUAAGAUGGAGUACAACAGAUGAAAAGCCUUCAUAGGUGUAGUAGGUCCACAAAGACACCUUAAAAGUCUAGUUAUGACUGUUAAGUACAAAUUUUAACAUCUGUACCUAAUUUUUUUCUCUACCCCAUAAUUCUACUUAAAGAAUGAUCAAGGGUCUGUCUUAUUACAUUACUGUAUUGAAAAAUGAGAAAAUGAUUGUGCCCAGCCUUGGGGUAUGAGACAAGCAAUUCUGGCUUGUAGACUUGGAAUUAGCAAUUAACAUCUUUACCAAAAAAAAAAAAAAAAUUUUGUUGUUGUUUAGGGACAUUCAAUUAAUGCUGUAGCUGUGGUAGCUUUGAUUUUACCCCGAGGCCUAUGCCCCUCGCCCCACACUAUCCCAAUGAGGAUUUCUUGUGUUCCAGCAUUUGAGAUGGCUUGACCUGCUGCCAAAGAGUAGCAGUAAGAGUUGUUUAUAUGUAUAGUGCAAUCUCUUUAUGAAGUGUGUGUG